CGAAGACUAGUUCUGAUGGGCUAUGGUAGUCUAGAGAGAUUGCAGAUCGAAAAUAGGCCAUUAAAAGAGCCACGACAAGGAGAAAUCAGAAUUAAAGUCGAAAAUAGCGGCAUUAACUUUGCUGAUAUGAUGGCCCGUCAGGGAAUCUAUCGCAUCAAUCCUAAACCACCUUGCGUUCUGGGUUAUGAAGUAUCAGGAAUAGUAGAGUCGCAUGGUAUUGGAGUAACACAGCCCGCUAUUGGUACUAGGGUCAUUGGAUUUUGCAAUAAUUUUGGUGGUUGGAGUGAAUAUGCCCUCGUUCCAGCUGAUCUUGUAUUUGCAAUGCCAGAGAACAUGAGUUACGAAGAAGGUGCGGCUUUAUUGGUAAACUACCUCACAGCUUACUUGCUGCUAUUUACGUUUGGCCACCUACAGGAAGGAAAUACAGUACUAUGCCACAUGGCUGCAGGAGGAGUAGGACAUGCAGUUGGUCAGUUAUGUAAAACAGUGCCUAACGUCAAACUUUAUGGCACUUGCUCUACAUCAAAGCAUGAAGAUGCCAAGGCAGCUGGUUAUAAGCAACUCAUCGAUUACAAAAAGUCAGAUUAUGUUAAGGAGCUACUUCUUCUAGAGCCAAAUGGUGUUGACCUUGUUUUGGACCCUCUGGGAGGCGCAGAUAGUAAAAAAUGCUACCGGUUAACUAAACCUUUUGGAAAACAAAUUGUCUACGGGGUUGCUAAUGCCAUCACUGGUGAAAGACGCAAUGUCCUUCGUCUUGCCAAGACAUGGGCAAGCAAUGCAGCAGCUGGUAAAGAUCCACUAGCUUUGAUGAAUGGUAAUAAAAUGAUUGGUGGUGUGCAUCUUGGGACCAUCAUGACUGAAUACUAUAAAGACUUUGCUCCAAAAGCAGUUGCUGACAUUUUACGUUGGUAUAACGACGGCAUUAUCAAGCCAAAGAUUGAUUCUGUUCAUGCCCUAGAAGAUUUCUCUGAUGCUUUCCUACGAAUCCAUGACAGAAAGAAUGUUGGUAAAGUCUUA